AUGCAACUUACGUGGAAAGAUAUUCCCACGGUCCCAAAUGCCAACGACAUGUUGGACAUUGUCCUUAACAGGACCCAAAGAAAAACUCCAACUGUAAUAAGACCGGGUUUUAAGAUCACACGUAUAAGGGAUUUUUACAUGAGAAAAGUAAGAUUUACUGCUGAAGGAUUUGGCGAGAAAUUUAAUGAUAUUAUCUCCAGAUUUCCCAACAUUAAUGACGUGCAUCCUUUCCACAGAGAUCUUAUGGACACCUUGUACGAAAAAAAUCACUACAAAGUGUCUUUAGCUGCGGUUUCAAGAGCAAAGACCUUGAUCGAACAGGUGGCCAGAGACUACGUUAGAUUGUUGAAAUUUGGUCAAUCUUUGUAUCAAUGUAAACAAUUGAAAAGAGCUGCUUUGGGUAGAAUGGCUACCAUUGCCAAAAAGUUGAAGGAUCCUUUGGUUUACUUGGAACAAGUGAGACAGCAUUUGGGUAGAUUGCCCAGUAUUGACCCCAACACAAGAACCUUGUUGAUUUGCGGGUACCCCAAUGUUGGUAAGUCGUCUUUCUUAAAGUGCAUCACCAAAGCGGAUGUAGAUGUUCAACCAUACGCUUUCACCACAAAGUCUUUAUAUGUGGGUCAUUUUGACUACAAGUAUUUGCGGUUCCAAGCCAUUGAUACCCCAGGUAUUCUUGACAGACCCACUGAGGACAUGAACAACAUUGAAAUGCAAUCGAUCUAUGCCAUUGCUCACUUGAGAUCGUGUGUCUUAUACUUUAUGGAUUUGUCGGAACAGUGUGGUUUCUCUAUCGAGGCCCAAGUGAAGUUGUUUCACUCUAUCAAGCCCUUGUUUGCUAACAAGUCGGUUAUGGUUGUUAUGAACAAGUCAGAUAUCUUGAGAGCUGAAGACUUGAGUGAAGAAAACCAAGAAUUAUUGAAGUCGUUGGAGUCGGUUCCCGGAGUGGAAAUUAUGCAUGCAUCUUGUCACGAAGAAGAAAAUGUAAUGCAAGUACGUAACCAGGCGUGCGAGAAGCUCUUGACCGCUAGAAUAGAACAGAAGUUGAAGGGAACUGCUCGUGUCAAUAACGUUCUCAACAAGAUCCAUGUGGCCAGACCUGAAGCCAGAGACGAUACCGACAGAUCUGCAUUUAUCCCAGAUGCUGUGAAGGAGCUCAAGAAAUACGAUGUCAACGACCCAGAAAGAAGAAAAUUGGCUCGUGAUAUCGAAGCUGAAAAUGGAGGAGCCGGUGUUUUCAACAUUAAUUUGAAAGACAAGUAUUUGCUUGAUGAUGACGAAUGGAAGAAUGAUAUCAUGCCGGAGGUGUUGGACGGAAAGAAUGUGUACGAUUUCUUGGAUCCUUCGAUUGCUGCCAAAUUGCAAGCUUUGGAAGAAGAAGAGGAGAGAUUAGAACAGGAAGGGUUCUACGAUUCAGACUCUGACAUUGAAGAUGAGGAAACCACCAACAUUAGGGAGAAGGCUCAAUGGAUCAGAGAUAAGCAAAAGAAGAUGAUCUUCGAGGCACGUAACAGAAAGGCAUUGAAGAACCGUUCGAUAAUGCCAAGAGAUAGUAUUAAGAGGUCCUACGCCGAGAUGGAGGAGCACAUGUACUCUUUGGGCCACGACACAUCCUCUUUGAAAGUUGGAAAGUCGUCUAAGAAAGAUAGUGAUAUUUCAGGGGUGGAUAUUCUUAAGAAAAAUCAAGGAAUCCACAAGGCUAAAGCUUCAAAGAAGAAGGCUCCAGUCAACCAACCUGAUAGGCUCAAUGCAGGUAUUGCCGAUGGUGCUAUGAGAUCUCAAGCAGAAAGAUUGGCCAAGAUCCAACGCAGAGAGAGAAACAGACAAGCCAGACAAGGAGAGGGAGAUCGUCAUUCUACAGCCAUGUUGCCCAAGCAUUUGUUUUCGGGUAAGCGUGGUAUUGGAUCUACGGAUCGUCGUUAG